CAGUUUAUAGCACAGGGUGUCUGCUUUAACGUGCGACUGUGAAGAAUCAGAGCAAGGACUGAUGGUGAGCUGGAAGUCAUGGCAAACUGGCGAACGACAACAACAAUCAUUGUUAUUUUGCUGCAAAUUCAAGUUCUGAGCAGUGUAAAAAUCGCGGCUGCUGGUGUGGAGGGUCAGACACUGACCUUCAGAUGUGACUAUCCUCAAGAUUAUCAGAUCAACAAUAAGUACUUCUGCCUUGUUAAAAACCAGGUCUGCUCUAAAACCCUAAUACAGACAGACAAACAUGACCAGUGGGUUGAAAAAGGCAGAUUCUCCAUUUAUGACAACACCUCCACAACCUUUUUCAUUAUCCAAGUGGACAAACUCACUUUAGAGGACAGAGGAACGUACUGGUGUGGAGUGGGCAUCCCAUCUGUCUCUGCUCACAUCGAUGUCGUACAACUGAAUGUUUUGCAAGUAAAUAAAUUGCCACAGCUGCCGCCACCAUCACCCAUCUUUCCAAAAGAUCUCAAAGUGGACAAGCUCCAUCUGCCUAUAUACCUGACGGCUGUGAUGUGUGUGGCAGCGAUCCUCUGCGUGUGUAUGUUUACACUGGGUCUACUGCUGGCUGUUAAACAACGAAGAUCAAGCGUUCCUCACAGGAACAGAGAGAUCUCUGAUUACGAGACAAUGAUGGCAGACACAAGAACUGAACCUGAACUACACUGCAGCUGUUCGCAUCCAGACUGCACAGAACUUUCAACCCUACCUCCACCACCUCCUGACCUCUGCUCCCACCUAACAUCAAAUCAACGAGAGUCGGUGGUCUCUUUUGGCCCUGGUGAUUAUGCGGAUGUAGAGGGGUAUGUCUGCCAGUACCAACAUCUGGAUCUUCAGCAGUUAGAGGAGCAUGUCUAUCACUCUCUCCAUGGAAACGACAGUGACAAAAAGGAUGUGCCUCCAGGAUUAAAUGAGCAGAUUAGCACUUGAAUCUGUUUGAGGCAUCUUUUCUUUUACCCAAACCAACUUCGUUCUUCUAAUGUAACUGCCAAAAUUAAAAUGUUGUCUUAAACAUGAUCAGAGUCUUUAUCUUAAAUUUUACCUUCGUUUUCUCAUGGCUGUCUUCCCAGAUCCCACUAAUUUACCUAGUGGAUGAACUUUGUUACAGAAAGUCUGGUCUCACCCUG